CUGGAACUCAUCGAACAUACGUAAGAACGGAACAUAAACAAUCCUAGUUUCUUUUCAAAGUGUGAUGAAAAAGACUUGGCAGAUAGACGAACAGUUUAUUCUACUUCAAAACACGUCUUUUUUGUUUGAUCGUUGUUACUGUUCAUAUAACAAAAUGCUGGGAUGAGGAAAUUCAUCUAUACCUGUUCUACAACAGUAUGCAUUCGUUCGACAUGAUAUUAAAUCGAAAGGAAAUGUCAGAGAAACAGUUCAUCGAAUCUGCGAAAAUGAAGAUAACGUUCAGUGAUUCGAAAAGACAUCUGAAACAAUAUUGUAAAGAGUGUUCAAUUCAUGGAUUAGCAUAUUUGGUUGACCAAUCGACGUGGCAAGAGAAAUUGUGGUGGCUCAGCAUCUUCAUUUUCUGUGUUAGCGGUAGCGUGAUCAUGAUCUACAAAAUAUGUGAUAAAUGGUCCACCACGCCAGUAUUAGUUUCCCUGGCAACAAAUGAAAAACCUAUUUCUGAAAUUCCUUUUCCAGCUGUCACAAUUUGUCCAGAAUCAAGAUUCUCAACGAGAUGUGUUAAUUACACUAAGAUAUUACUAGCAAGACAGAGCGGAGAUCUAUCAAAUACAACUUUUGAAGAAAAUAAAUUCUUCGAUUAUUUGUCAUUACUCUGCAGAGCAGAAAAUCAUGUGAAAGCCUAUCAACUCACAAAUCGUUCAAGAUUUGAAAUGUUCCAUGAUAAUGUUCCAGAUGACCAGGAUGCCUAUCCUUCGGAUUUUAGGAUGAACGAUUUCUCAAGUUUUCUAAUGGAUUGUGUUUCAGUCAGGCUAAAUGAUUCCUUCUGUCAAUGGAUGGGAGUGCAUCAUCCUUGUGAAGAUUUGAUGACCCCAAUUUUAACUGACGAAGGCCUUUGUUAUUCGUUCAAUAUGUUAGAUGUUAGGGAUAUAUUCAGCGAUAUAAAUCAGAUGCACUAUUUUGAAGAAGGUAGAAGAAAAGAAUCAAACUGGGAUCCUGAUUGGGGAUACCCUGAAACUUCAUCUGGAGAGCAUUAUCCUAGGAGGACUUUUUUGAGUGGAGCCAAAAAUUCAUUUGUUGCUGUAUUUCUUACAAGAAAAGAUCAGAUUGAAUAUGGAUGUAGAGACUUUUCUCUUCAAGGGAUGAGAGUGUCUUUCAAUAUUCCAACAAGGAUUCCUCGACCAAGUCAAGUAUUUUUUUCAGUUGGACUCAACAGUUUGACUACUGCUGCUGUGACCCCUUUUCUGACAUCCGUAAGAAAAACUGUCAAAAACUACGAUCCAUCUGAAAGGAAUUGUUACUUCAGUACCGAGAGGAAACUAAGGUUUUUUCAAAUAUACACCCAAGGAAAUUGCAAUUUGGAAUGUUUCACGAACUUCACGAAAAAAUUUUGUAAUUGUGUGCAUUUCUUCAUGCCAAGAGAUAAUGAAACACAAAUUUGUAGUUUGCAAGAGAGAGAAUGCCUAGUAGAAGCAGGAGUAACUUAUCCACAAGCAAUACUCGCUGAACAUUUAUGGAUAAAAGACAAAAAGAAGUCAGACUUCGUAAUGAACUGUGACUGUCUUCCAUUGUGUACGGACCUAGUGUAUGAGGCAGAAAUUACAACUGGAGAGUGGGAUUUUAAUAAUCCAGAUGAAGCUCUGUUCGAUGACCAGCGGGAUUUUUUAGAUCAGUACUAUGCUUCAGGAGUGAAGAUAUUUUUCAAAGGAAAUUAUUUCUUGCCAGCUCAAAAAGAUGAAUUAUAUGGAAUUAAAGAUGUCAUCUCGGAUUUCGGAGGAAUAUUGGGCCUAUUCUUAGGAUUUUCUCUAUUUGCAAUUGCCGAAAUCAUAUACUUCCUCACUAUUAGGAUAAUAGAGAAUUAUAGGAAACAUAGGCACUGGGUUAAAAGACGUUACUUACACCAUGAUUAUUACUGUCCAAAAGCAAAUUAUAAAAAUUGGCAUUCAUCUUAUGUGGGUCAAACCAAACAGAACCUCAAAAAUAGAAUGAAACACAGGAAAAUUUUUGCAGAAUGUGUCGCUAUGAACUCCGCAAAUAAAAAUAACGGAAAUCGAUUGCAUAGUGUAGAUAAAGCAUAUAAGAAGAGAAAUAAAAAGGAUAAAAUCCAAGAUGUUCGCAGAUACGUUAAACAAUUCUGUGAAUUCACAAGUAUACAAGGACCUGCACACAUUGUGAAGAACGAAUCUUUAUGGGAAAGAGCCUGGUGGAUAUUCAUAUUCAUCGUAGGAAUGGUUGGUUCAUGCUAUAUGGCUUACAAGAUAUAUGACAAAUAUGUUACCACUCCAGUCCUUGUCUCUCUAGCAACAAAAGAAGCAAGUAUCCGAGACAUUCCAUUUCCCGCAGUUACUAUCUGCCCUCAAGCAAAAGUUUCUAGCAAAUGCCUGAAUUAUACAAAAAUACUUGUCGCGAGGAAGAAAGGAGAAAUAUUGGAAACAGAUGUAGAUGAAAAUGAUGUAUUCGAUCUUCUUUCUCUUCUGUGUAAAGCAGAAAAUCAUAAAGGGACAUUUUCUUAUGUAAUGGAAAGCUUAAAUUUUUCUUCUACUGAUAUGGAUGAAGACAUUCUAAAGGCGUUUCAUGUGGAAGAUUAUGCAGAAUUUUUGAGCAACUGUUCAACUGUAGAUCUGGAACUAGCACACUGCCAAUGGAUGGGUGUCAACGUCAGGUGUAAAGAUGUUUUAACGCCAGUAUUAACAGAGAAAGGACUGUGUUACAGCUUCAACAUGUAUGAUGUCAGAGACAUUUAUAGUGAUCUGAAUACUAUGAAAUACUUCCCAGCAGGCAAUAGAAGACGAGAUUGGUUCCCUGAUAGAGGAUAUGUAAGAACAUCCAAAAACGUAGAUGUACUAUAUCCUAGAAAGGCUUUGUUGAGUGGUGCAAGAAAUUCUUUCGUAGUGGUGAUUUUUACGGAUAAAAAUGACAUUACCUACGCUUGUGAAGACUUCGCUACUCAAGGAAUGCUGGUUACAUUAACUACACCUGUAAGAAUUCCACGACCAGAAAGAGUGUCUUUUUCUGUCGGUUUGGACAGUAUGACCAUAGCUGCAGUCAAGCCAACUUUCACAGCAACCUCUGACAAAAUUAAACAUUACGAUCCAUGGAAAAGAUUCUGCUACUUCGACAAUGAAAGACAUUUGAAGUAUUUCAAAUUUUACUCGCAAUCUAGCUGCAACUUCGAAUGUCUUGUGAACUACACUGUUCAACACUGUGGAUGUGUUAAUUUUUAUAUGCCAAGGGACAAUAACACUGGAGUUUGUACUCUUGAAAAUCGCUUUUGUCUCCAAGAGUCUAGAAAAAAUUACAGCGAGGACAUUUUAAAAGAAAAACUCAACAUGAAUAAUGACAUGCCUAGUGAGACUGCCUGCAAUUGCUUGCCCCUGUGUGCCGAUUUGACGUACCACACCGAAAUAUCGCAAAGUCAAUGGGAUUGGAGUAACUCAGAUGAAGUUGAAUUGGAUGGAAAAAGAAGUGAUAUGGAUAACUAUCGAGCAUCUGCAGUUAAGGUCUUCUUCAAAACUGGCUUCUUCCUCCCUUCACAAAGGGAUGAACUGUAUGGAACCAACGAUUUGAUAUCUAAUAUUGGUGGAGUCCUGAACCUUUUCGUUGGGGUUUCGCUGAUAACAUGUGCAGAAAUUAUAUACUUUUUAUCAGUCAAACUGGUUGAUAAUUAUCACAGAUAUGGGUACUGGAUUGGACCAUAGAUGUAGAGAGAUCUUAUAGCCAAAAACCUACGUUCAUAACUGCUUAACUACUUCUCUGUUCAGAUCUGAUCAUUUGAAAUCAUACGAUUUGAUCAUUAAAUUAUUAUGUUACAUACUCUAUUGUAUAUUACAUUAUACGGAUA